ACGUGUCCAAAAUUGUUGUUCUCUUCGUUUUUGUUGUUGUUUUUGUUGUUGUUGUUGUUGUUGUUGUUGUUGUUGUUGUGUUUUAUUGCUGUAAUCGUUUCAUAGCAUUAUUAAAUGUCGAGCUGUUAAACGCGCCCAAAAACCCCUCUGUCGCCCCGCGCCACGCCCGACGAGCCAUACAAGCCGCGCGCUGACAUCCAUGCUGAGCGCGUAAAAAUUAUCAAUUAAAAUCAAUUUAAUCGUUAAUCGGACGCCUUUACCAAUACAAAAAAAAGGCCGGAAAAGCAGAAGAAAAUGCCCGCAAAAAAACAUAGACGCCAGCACAAACAACAGGCCCAGGCCCAGGCCCAGGCUCAGGCUCAGGCCAAGGCUCGCGUCCAGGCAAAGGAAUCAGAGUUGGAGUCGGAGCUGGAGUUGGCGCCGGCGUUUCGCGUGGCGCACUCGGAACUGUUUGGACGCUAUUUGGUGGCGAAUCGUCAGCUGGCGGCGGGCGAGCUGCUCAUCACCGAGCAGCCGCUGGCCAUUGGUCCCUGCGUCAGCUGUGAGCCCGUCUGCCUGGGCUGCUAUCGUCCCGUCCAGCUGACGGCGCAGCAAUAUCGCUGUGCCGGCUGCGGCUGGCCGCUGUGCGGCGCCAGCUGCCGUGGAUUGCAGCAGCGACGUCUGGGCCACACGCAGGAAGAGUGUGAGAUUUAUGGGCAGCGACGUGGCUUGGCCGCGGAGCUGCUGACGACGCAUGCAACACCCGACCAGGUGCGCGAUCUGUACGAGCUGGUGCUGAUCGUGCGCAUUGCGCUGCUGCGCCAGCUGUCGCCGGAUCUCUAUGCGCAGAUCCGGCGCAUGGAGUCGCACACGGCGGCGCGGCGCGCAAACGCUACGCUCUGGCAGCACUACGAGCAGAAGGUGAUCGGACGGCUGCGCGACGACUGGCAGCUGCAGCAGCUGGAGGCGGCGGAGCUGCACGAGAUUUGCGGCAUCCUGGAUGUGAACUGCUUUGAGAUUGGACAGCGCGGCGCCAAGGCGCGCACGCUCUAUCCGAGCGCGUUCCUGCUCGCACACGACUGCAGCCCCAACACGGCGCACACGGACGAUCCACUCAGCUAUGCCAUCCUGUUGCGCACAUCGCGCGCCGUACGCGAACAGGAGACGCUCACGCUCAGCUAUGCGUACACGCUGCAGGGCACCUUGAAGCGGCGCUCCUUCAUCCAGGGCGGCAAGCUGUUCUGGUGCCGUUGCCAGCGCUGCGCCGAUCCCCGGGAGCUGGGCAGCGAUUGCAGCGCCCUCGUCUGCAGGUCCUGUCAGCUGGGCAGCAUACGUGCCACCGACCCGCUGGACCAGAGCGCCGACUGGGCCUGCGAUCGCUGCACUCAACGCCUCAGCGCUGUCCAGCUGGAGCGUCUACUGGAUCGCAUCAAUGACGAUCUGGAGUCCAUCGAUGUGCACGACAUUCCCGCACUGGAGAACUUUCUGGCACGGUACCGCGAGAUGCUGCGUCCGAAUCAUUACCUGCUGCUGUCGGCCAAGUACUCGCUGUGCCAGACAUAUGGCCGGAUCGAGGGCUAUCUGCUGCCGGAGUUGUCGCCGCAGGAUAUUGCGCGCAAGGAGCGCUAUUGUCGCGAAUUUCUGGCCGUCAUCGAUCUACUGGAGCCGGGUCUAACCCGUCUGCGCGGUGUCAUCAUGUACGAGCUGCAUGCUCCGAUUAUGGUGCUCGCCCAGCUGGGCAUGCAGACGGGCCAGAUGUCGCGCCAGGAGUUCCAGAAGCGCAUCAACGAGGUCGUCAAGCUGCUCACGGAGAGCGCACACAUUCUACAGCUGGAACCAGCCGGUUCCAGCGAGCAUGAAAUGGGUCGAGCUGCCGCCGAUGCGCUCAUCAAAAUGGGCUGCUAAGACCCGAAGAACUUCCAUCUCUAGAGCUUUGUAUGCCCAUGCAUAUAUACAUUGCUGUAGUCCGUGUGAACUCGACUCUCGGCCGACAACUUGCUCCAAGUGCUAGCCAUACCAGCAGCUGGCUAAGAAAUCCAAUUCAUCUGGAUUACUGUACUAUAUCGUAUAGUAUAACACUUUAUAACAUGGAACAUCCCAUCCCACGCUAUGUUCUGUUGUGAAACUGUCUUUUACUUAACUCACUUAAGGUUGUAUAAUCGAAUAAUAGCAAUAAUUAUUUAUAGAAUUUACAGGUCAAGAACAGACUUUUAUAUUGUAGAAUCUAAGCUAUAAAAAUGCUUGUAAAAACUGUUAUACGCUGAAAAAAAUAUUUGCAAAUAUCACUAUGAUCGGACUUAAGACAACGAACACAUUUCUUCUGGAUAGUGUGUGGGGUAAAUGCAGUCUCUGCUCUGUACAGGGUAUCUACUAGUCGUGCUGUUAAGCACAACAGCUGCUGUAAGC